AUGAGGAGCGGCUGUCGUUGUUUCACGCAGUUCUUCGGCAUUUCAAUCACUUUUUGCGCGUGUUUGUGCCUCGCCUUGGCGCUGUCGACGCCGUGGUGGUAUCGGACGCAGGCGAAUGUGGAGGUCGGAAUUUUCACGUUGAAUUGCAAUGAAUAUUUGGAAGGUCUUGAGAAGGCGGACUGUCAUCAUGGAAUUGAGAGACUGGUAGGACUUUUUUGAGCUACUCCGGAGUUUCAGAAAUUCAAAUUUUUAAAUUUCCCGCCAAAAAUAAAAACUCUUUGGCAUUCUGUUUCAAGGUCUGGAAUACAGGGAAUUUUUGACUGGGACUCAAAAAUAAGGUGUUAAAAAUGUCCGUGAAGAUUUUUUAGCUCUUGUUGCAGAAUGCCAAAAUUUUUAUGUUUGGCGGGAAAUUCAAAUUUUCAAUAAAAGAUUGAUCGUAUUUGUUGAGCUACGUCGACAUGAACUUAAAUUUGCCUACAAAAUUUUUUUGCUUACUUAUUUUUGCUUAUUUUGAGCCUUUGAUACGGAAUGCCAAAAAAAAAUUCUUUUUGGCGGGAAGUUUGAAUUUUCAAAAAAAUGAGUUUUUUAGGGUUUGUGACGCCAAAUACCAAUAUUAGUCAAAUUUCAACCCCAGGAAGUAUUUUUUCGGCACUUGUUGCGGAAUGCCAACAUUUUUUUUUGGCGGGAAAUUUGAAUUAUCAAAAUUUUUCCAUUCUAUUUUUGCUAUUUCUUCCAGAAGGACCACCCAUUCUGGAUGCUGAUGCUGGCAACCCUCGGAACGGCCACACUUUGCUCUUUUUUGAGCUCUGUAGCCGGAUUAUUCAUCGUAACUUGCGCUUGUCAUAAGGCGUUCCCAAUCACUGGGCUUAUGAAUUUGAUCGGCACGGCCUUGGCGAUCAGUGGUGUUGUUUACUUUGCAUAUCUUUUUGCCGAAGAUGGAAUUACAAGUGAGUUGAUUUUUAGAAGUUUUGAAGCUGCACAGUGCAAAAAUUGUUCUUGUUUGAGCCGCACAGUGCAAAAAUUUUCUUGAUUUUCAGCACAGUGCAGAUAGAAUUUUUGACGGGUUGCACUGUGCGGUAAGAAUUUCAAAUUUUUCGCACUGUGCGAACGAUUUUUUGCAAUUUUUUAAAAUCUUGAUUAAAUUUUGAUAUUUUUCGGAAAAUUUCAGAUUCUAAAAUCAAUUUCAGUGCAUUUUUAUUGCGAUUUUUCCGGGUAUUUUCCGAAAAAUUUUGAAAUUUCAGACACUUUCCAAGAGAUUGGCGAUUAUAUCGACAAUAACUCCGGCUUCGGAUACAGUUUUCUCAUCGCAAUCGGCGCCUCAUGCCUCUUGUUGAUCGCCGGAAUUAUCAACCUUUCCGUGGCCUGUUGUCGUGUUUAA